CGUGGCAGUUCGCUUUCGGUCACCUUUGAGUUCCGCGUUUAACAAAAAUAAGAUAAAGUAAAUGGUUCGUGCUUAGUUGUUGACGGAGCGCACGGAAAUCUUAUCAAAGUUUUUGUUCUUUUUCAUUUCGUUGGUUUAACAUUUUUAAUGAUCGCAUAAAUCUUUUUAAUUAAAAUCAGCUAAGUAGUCCACUGUGGCAAUUGUGCUGGAAUUUAGUUAUUGCUCAAAAGUGUUGUCGCUGUGGCACGAACAUUUGCCAGCGGCGGUGUGGUCCAAUUCAUUCUAAUCUAUCAUAUUUUGCCGGUGGUAUUUAUUCGAGCGCAAUGAAACUAAAAGAUAAUAGAUUAUAAAAAAUCGUAUAAAUGUUUAAUGACAAUAAUUUACCCUUGCAUAUAAACGGAAGACGUAAUUAGUCAGGGGAUUCGUCAUAAUAAAGCGGACGAAUAUUCGAUAAGCUGCUGAUAAAAAUUGUAGUGGACUCACGAAAACACACUUACGAGUACGCAUGUGUACUAAUACAAACACUCGAAAAUUACGACAUUACCGCGGUAAAUCAGAUAAAGUUAUAUGAGGUCUGAGUAGAGCUUUCAAGAGCUAUCUUCUUAUAAAACCAACGACAUUUCAUCUUAAUCGAGACUACCACGAUGAAUUGGCUGCAUUUGUUUGGUUUGGUCGCGUCGUUUUUGUGGAUUGGCGAUGUUUCAUCGCUAUCACUCGAUCCAGUGGCCUCGGCUGAGCUGGAACAAUACAUCAAAAAGGGAGAUUGUGUUAUUUCAAUGCGACACAUUCGCCCUCGCCGCAAGUUACACAUUUCCAUAGAAGCGCUCUUCAUGAUUGAUUUUCCUACGCUGAAGCAUAAAUUCUCGUUUUUCCUGGAUCGACGUGAGCAGCGAGUAACAUUGGAUAUUAGCGCCAGUGGCAUCACCGAGUCGCUGCAAUUCGCAAUUCCCAAUAUUAAUGAAACGAGUACGAUACGCUCGCUGGCGUUGCACUUCCACAAAAAUCGUAUUGCUCUGCUGGUGGACUGUAAGGAGAGCGCAGCACAUGAGCUGGAUAUGAAUUUGGCGAAAUUGUACAUACAAAUGGAUGAUCCAGUGAUUAAAUUGUUCCGCGAGCGCAAAUACCCGUUGCACUUUGAUGGCAAUGUAGAGAGCGCACUGCAACGUGCCAACUGUCAAAAGGGCCUGAAUCGGCGAGGCAACAGACGCAUCUUGAAGACUAAAGUCACCACUGAACGAGAGAAAAAUAAGAAACGCGAUGUACGCAACUUUUACAAUUCAGAUAGCUAUGAACGCUAUACACAACGUCAACUGCCGCUGGAUUUCGAACAACGUGGCGAUAUACCAAUGAUGCAUGGCGAUUGUGAAGACGCCCUCGCAAAAUCCAUCAGCGACUUAAUGGCACUGGUGAAGCUGCUGCGCGAAGAUAUCGCCCACCAACGUGAAGAGAUCGCCUACUUGCGCAAACUUCUGGAGAACUGUGCUGGCUGCAAGGAACCCUCGACCAACAACAACUUACGCAUCGAACCGACUUGUCGCACAUCGAAUCCCUGUUAUCCUGGUGUUGACUGCUUUGAGACCAUGGCGGGCCUGAGGUGCGGCCGCUGUCCAGCUGGCAUGGUCGGUGACGGCAAGAUCUGUAAGCCAGGCGUUACGUGUGCGGAGCGUCCCUGCUAUGUGUAAG